UAGAUGCGGACGAAUCUGUAUCUAUUAGUAAAGAUAUAACGAAACAAUCUAAAUCUUCUACCUCUGAAAAUGUAUUGAUGGAAUUACAUUCCGAUGAUAAUAUGAAUAUUGGAAAUAAUACAGAAUCAAUUAAUAAAGAAUCAGUGUUUAUUGAAAAAGAUACAGAACGGAUCGGAUCUGUUUCUGAAGAUAUUACAACCGCAGAAAUGCUUUCUGAAAAUAAUGUUGAGGGGCAACCAAGUUCUAAUAUUACAACUGCAGAAAUGCUUUCUGAAGGUAAUGUUGAGGGGCAAUCAAGUUUUAAUAUUACGAUGGUGGAAACACUUUCUGAAAGUAAUGUUGAGGGGCAACCAAGUUCUAAUACUACAACUGCAGAAAUACCUUCUGAAAGUAAUGUUGAGGGGCAACCAAGUUUUAAUAUUACGAUGGUGGAAACACUUUCUGAAAGUAAUGUUGAGGGGCAACCAAGUUCUAACAAUCCUAUGAAAAGG